AGUUUACUGAACCUCCUUUACGAAGCCUAAAACUAUUUCAGUCCUUAACAUUACGCACUUCUCCAUUUGCCUCAUGUAAUCCCAUACAAUUUCAUCGAAUAAGUGCUUAACCACUCGUAUUAACCAUGUUAUCGAUCUAAUCUAAACGUUUAUCGAUAUCGACGACGGAGCCCUUAUUUCCAGCAACUCUACGGAUUCAUCACAUGAAUCAGCAAUGGCGUUUCCUAGAUGUCUGAUAGGACAAAUAUUCUCCAAAUUUCUUGAAAGAUUCUUGUAAGAUCUCGAGUUUAUUUUGCUAACAGAGUUAGGUUAGUCUCAAUUCGGCUUUUUUGAACGAAAUAUUCUCAUUCCAAUAACGAAAAUUUAAACGUUUUGAAGUCCGAAUCAUAGGGCAGUUACGCUAAAUCCGAAACUCUAUAGCCAAAUCCCCGUAAUUCCGUUAACUUUUGCACACAAUUCGUUUUUUAAACAAAAAUUGACGUUCAUGCCAAAUUUUACAGAUUUUCCUUCUCCGUUUCGCUUGUGCAUCCAUUCAUGCAUCAUAACCAUUUAUUAAUUAGCAAUCAUUUUUAUUCGGAUUUUUUUUUUUACAUUUUCAUAGUUAGCAUAUAAGCGUUGCUAACAAUCGAACGAACAAAACCAGUUUCAAAAGCAUUAUGUCUGCACAGCAAAACAAAACGACGACAACAACAACAACAACAAAAAAUUAAAUGCAAAAACUAUAAAAAGUGACAUAAAUUUAAAUAAAAAUACCAUUUACGUGAUAUGUGCCUAUUGUUUAUACAAAAAAAAGUGAAAAUAUUUGUGUUUCCACCCAACGUGGCAUAUAAAGCGUACACUUAAAAAACAAAACAAAAAAAAAACUUUGGUAAUUAGUAUAAAAUGCGCCAAAAUGCCAUUUGUUCAACGUGUUGUACAGCCUAUUUAUAUUUCGCGAACAAAGAGACCAUUAACAGCAGGAGCAACAGCAUCCACAACGGAAAAUGGAGGCGCAACCACGUCUAACAAUUGCGUUGCAACGCAACGGCCGACGACAACGUCGUCGACAGCAUUAAGUGAUUAUGAAUUUGAGGCAGUCACCAAUUUAACAUUGAGCAAUGCAUUACGACAAUUGGCAUCGUUGGUAUUAAUUGCCAAUGACAUUUUUACGGAGUUGAAUCGAGAAUUGCAAUUGGUUGGCGGCAGAACAAUGGGCCUGAAGGGGAGAUUGAAUAAACUGGAGAAAAUUGUCGAUGAAUUCGAUCCGAAAUUGGUAACAGUUCCUGAAGGAGAUUUGGCCACAUUCGUACAAAUAAAAAACCAUUUUCAAACGAACCGUCCUAUUGAAACCUCAUUAUUUACACCGUCCACGCGAAGUGAAAAUCUUCAACAGCUAUACGAUGCGGCCGCUAAAACUCCAGUCAAUGCAAUGGAGGAUAUGGAUCGAAUUUUAGGCCAUGAGCGAAGAAGUAGUGACAUCUUCUUGUGUACGCCGGUGUUGGGCCAGUCGCGAAAACGGAUUAAGACCAACUGCAAUUUGGACAUUGAAACAGGAAGGCCCGCUGCUAUUGAAGAACUGCGUAAAUGGACAUCAUCCGAAGCUAUUGGUGAUAUUACCGUCACACCGGAUUGUGUGGCUCGAGUUGGCUACAAUUCACAAAACAAUUCAACAUUGGUGGAUAAUACAUCGUAUUCAGUGAAUGCUGGUCCAUCCCACGAUGUAACCGACGAUUUCGCCGUAAUUAGCCGAUUCAACGAAAUUCCCAACGAUAUGCCAUUAGACCAUAGAUUACCGUCGCCGGAAGAACAAUGCCAGAUAAUUGCAUUAAAAUUCCCUGCUGAAUUAAUUCGCGUGGACACGUCGGCAAAACGUUUCGAACGAAUGUGUAGCGCACGAAAAUCCAUGUUACAUGUCCCAUUGAACAUUGGCGAGCAUAACAAUUUGAAUGACGAGGUGCAAACGGUGAAGCGACGAUCAAGAUCAAGGAAACCACGAAAUAAACGGCGGAAUACAAUUGCCGGCACGGAUCAAAAGGAAAUUGAAGAGGCUGUGAGAGGGGAUGAUGAUAAUGAACCACCCGCAUCGCCGAUCGAUAAUGAUGAUGACCAUAUCAUUGUUCCACGCAGUAAGUCAAACGAUAUACUAAAGAAAGAUUCGCCAACAACAGAUGCUGUUAAGACAUUAGCGCGAAUGUCUCAUUUCAAUACGCUAAAGCAAUGGGGACGGAAUCGCUUGAGGCUGAUGAACCGUAACAGUGAUGACAAUAAAAAGGAGAAAGUUUCCGACAUUGAUGACAUCAAUGUCUACGAAACUGUUAUUAGCAAAAAUAAAAAGAAAUUUAUGGAAAAGGAACGAAAACUUUUGCACGAACGAAAGCCUUCAUAUUCCUCAUCCGAAAAGAGUUUAACCAUCACAUCACAAUCAUCAUCGCAUUCCACUCAGCCAGCAUCCAUUAAUCCGGUAAAAUUGAGAGAAUCUUCAGCAAUUAGACGACAACGACGUUCAUGGUUGGGCCAUAAAGACGAAUUGAAUUCAUCGAGUGGUAAUUGGAGUGCCAGUUCAGAAUCGGGUCGUACAUCGAUUGGUAGUGAAAUUACAGCACAGCCGAAAUCUAGUGCAUCAAGUACAUCGUUAAAUCAUAGUCAUCAUCCGGGAAGUGGUCCACCGAGCUCAAUUAUUAGCAGACGAAGGUUCUUAAAUACCUCAGCUUCUAGCAGUGUGACAAGUGAAGGAACCGUAACACCAGAUAUUCAAGUUCAUGAUUUAUAUGACGAUGAGACUAGUUCCGCUUAUUCGUGUGACACAGAGGGUUACUACACCUCGUUCCACAUUGAUUCGGGACUGAAAACAUUGAAAGAAGAGGAACCCAUCACGCCGUUACACACGUCGUCCGCAUUAUCAAGCACAAAUUCUUUCGGAAGUUCGAGCAAUAAAACAGUUUUGUCAGCUGAGAAUGAGUAUGAACUUUUUGGUAAGGGAUCUACUUCUACCACCGCAAGCUCAGCUGGAACUGUUUGUACAACACUAAUGACUGCUGGCAGUGAUCGUUGUUUGAUUAAUGGGCCGGCUGUUCCAGAAAGAAAAAGUUCACUGACCAAAUUACAUCGCAGCGGAAGUAACACUAGCAAUAGCACACUGGAACGAAGCUAUUCCAGUAGCACGGUUGGAAGUACAUUGGAGCGGAAUGGGACGAUCAAACGGAAUGGCAUUUUGUUGAAAAAAGAAAUUCCGACAAAGGUGACACCAACUCAACCAAAUAGUCGAGUAGAGUCACCGGACAGUGGUAACAAUACUAGUUCGUCUCCGAUUGAGACAAACUCUAACUCCAGUCCAACAUACGGUGGAGUUCGAAGUAAUUCUGAGCACGAACACGAACAUUCAGAAUCUGAUUUCGAGGGCGUGGAACGUGUUGAACGAAUCCGUCUCAAGACAACAAUCAAUUCGAGUCGAAUACCUUCAAUGUGCAUCAUAACUCCAUCGAACAGUGACGACGACGAUACCGCUUCGACACAAAAGGAACGGAAACGAGAACGGCACGCCAGUCCCGUUAAAGAGACCGACCUGGAUGAAAUCAAAUUCAAUACUGAAUCAGCGGCCAAAGGUAAUGUAAAAGUUCAGCUAAUGUCGAUCAACAAAGGAACCGGCUACGCUACGGUGAAUACAUACGAAAAACCAGUAGUGACAAAGGCAUCGAACGAAUUUAAGAAAGAUGUUCAGCACUUCAAAAAGACUACUCUGCUCCCAUUGAACAACAUGUUCGGUAGGCUGAGAGGUGUUCUGCCACAUUUGAAAAAGUCACCAAUGAAAGACAUUGCAGUGCAAAAUGAUCCACUGUACGAUAACACCGGUGAAUAUGUGACCAUUGCUGACGUUGCUAAUAACAAUCAAAAGAAAGCGAACGGUAUAUACUACUCAAACGACCAAGUCAAAAGGAACUUAGCAACGGUUUUAUCUGGUAAAUUGAACGAAGAAACCGAAUAUGUUUCACUCAACGAGCUUCCGUCGAAUAUCAGAUGCGAGAGCAACCUACUGUCGAAUAGCCCCACUUCGCCAUCAUCGAAAGACGAAAAAAUCAAUAGAAACUGUAAUGAGGAAUGUGACAACAGUAAGGACGAAGAAGGAAUAAUAAAAAGGAGUGCGCGUGUCACAUUAGAUGCGCACGGAAAAGUUGUUUUCAAUUCAGAUAGUCUAAAAAGACGAAAGGGUGCACAUACAACGUUCCUUCCGGGACCAUAUGUAAAAGAUCAAUCUGACCAAACGAAUAAUCAAAAUACAAAUGUGCAACCGACAGCACCAAUUGCUGGUGGCGUUUCAAAUCGUAAAUUGAUGCUAGUACGGCCAGUGAUUUCGCAAAGUUUGCAUAAACCAAUCGUGAACGUUGAUCAAAAUAAACAAGUUGAUAAAGUGGUUAUACGUGCUGAUAGCAGCACCAACAGUGGUACGGAAGUGAUACGAAUGCCCAUUGCAACCGUGGUUGCAUCAUCAUCACCAGCACCACCACCAUCAUCAUCAUCAUCGAAUCAAUUGCAAGCAACAUCCAACGAAAUGGCUGGUAGUGCAUUGAAGGGUGCUUACGUUAAUGUCCAAGAAAUAUCUCGCGGCAAUGGGAAUUUAUUGAAUUCAACGAAAUAUCAUCGAAAUAACGAACUACAUUACACCAAACCAGAUUUUCAACGUUUAUCACAUGAUCAAACCGAUUCAGGUGCCCAGCGGUAUACGUCUUCAACGCUUCCCCGGCAUGCCAACACUGGAUUGGCGGUCGCCAAGGAGAAAUCGACCGAAAUUCAAGUUAGUCCAUUUCAACGAAGCAACAACAUCUAUUGGACAUUGCAAUCGCGGAAACAAUCGAACAAAAAGACUGAUAUUUUCAACGAACAACAAGGAGCAAGGGAUGACUUUACUUUGACCAAACCAGUGACUUCUGAAAUACCGAAAAGAAUUGAGGAUUUAUACUCGAUCCCGAACAAAAUUAAAAAGAGGCAGGAUUUGCGAUCGACACCAAUCGGUUUUGCUACAUUUUUUUCGCCUGUUAAAAUCGAUCGAAAUGUUUUGCCCAACGAGAAUGCGAUCAAAAUAUCACCGAUCGAUCCGAGAAAUUCGAGCAGUUUCAAAACAUCAACACCAUCCAAAGAAGAUGAAUAUGCAACGAUUUCCAAGCCAUCGUUAGCCGACGAAAUUCGUAACAAACUUCAUAUACAGGAAGGUGGUAUACAUUCGAACAAUAGCUCUCCGAUUAGUUCGGGCCGAUCAACACCCCGUGCUGUUUUAGAGCCACAAUCUGGUCAGCCGUUAGAUUCGAAUGAUUUGGCUAGAUGCUCCGAUCGACUUGGAACACCAAAAACGAGUUUGAUGGACUUCAAAAAAUUGCUUUUGUCCAAAGCAGGUAAAUCUGUUGCUACAAAGCCAUCAGCCGUGGAGCAAUUAAAACUGGCUAAAGAAGUCACAAAGCCGGCAAUCGCGAAUCUCAAUUCCAGCAUGAAUAUUCUCAAUUUAAGCGGAUCGCCGAAAACCUUUGCAAAUCGUCGAAUGAUUCGCCAAGGUAACUUUGGAUCACCCAGUAAGACUGCCAUUCCAGUUGGAAAAUCGCCUCGUACAAAUUGGAAGUACAACUAUCGAACCGACGUGAUGUCGACGCCCAUUCCUGAAGUGAAUAGCGAAGAAGAUUCCAGUCCUAACAGUUCGAAGGAACGAAACACCAGACAAUCUCAAUCGCCUGUGCCGAUGAACGAAAGCAUUGCCGAAAAAGGUGUGAUUGAGGAACCGCUCAAUAUUAGCGGAAACAUUUUCUUACAGGCAGAAGAAAAUAAUUUCAUGAGAGGCGAAUCGCCCAUUGUUAAAACAACUGCUGGUAUGACCAGGGCGCAGUUGCUGCAGGCAAGGUCUCAGUUUUUGAUGGGCGGUAACAAAAUUCCGUCGCCAAUUAAUAGUGCACAGUUCCGAAAGGGUCACUACACCGGCAUGUCGUCGAGUGUUAAACAAAACGAACCAAAUAUCGGACAGAAAAAUAUAACUGAAACCAAUAAUCCAGUCACGUCGACACUGGAAACGGCUUUGAAUUUUAGAGAUGGGUCUUCGUCCAAUCCAAUCGUGCUUUAGUGAGAAAAGCAAACCCAGGAAAAUGUGUUGGGCUACUACUCACGGACGAAAAGGUAAUUUCGGUUUCAAUUUUCAUGUUAUCAAUGUAUCAGUAUCCCCAAACAUCCCUCAAUCAUUUCAUUUUUUCUUACUCUGCUGAGUCCCACUUUGUCGAAAACAAGUCUUCAUCGUUUACAAAGUAAAAAAAACAUUCAAUCAACAACAUCCAUCAUACAGCUUUCUUUUUGAAUUGUCAGCGCACUUACUGCGUGAAUAUUCUUCGAAUUUAGAAUAAAACUGCUUUCCAUUUAUAUCAAUUCAUUAUAUAUGAUGAGGGUAUUGGUGAAGGUAUCAUAAAUUGGUUACUCAAUAAAAUGUUAAGAGUCGUAAGAAAAUUUUGAAGAGACAUUCUCAACUCUAUCUCAUCGACUACAUUAAAGCAUUACUUCAAAACAGUCCAAUGCAAACGCUAUGUGUGUACUUCACUCGUGCUUCGUACUCUGUGUCUGCGUCAAAGCCUAUUUUAAGUGAAUUAAAUUCUUAAAAGUUCUUAAAACAAACAAUUUUCGCGAUAUUUACUCCUAAGAGAUCGCGUAUCAAAAUACCUACCAACCAACCAACUAACUUCGUAUCACAAAUUUCCAAAUGUUUUAACAAAAUAGUAAUUUUAUUAAGAAUUAUUUGUGAAAUUUAAGAAUUUAAUUCCUUAAAUUAGGUCUUGGUGUAUACUUGGUGCCACUUGUCCUUCAGCCAUCCACUAAAAGCAAUUUUAAUUACUUCCGCCUUUUUUAGAUAUUGCAAACAAAACAAAAAAUGACUCCAAUGGCUAUUUAAUAUAUAAACGCUAAUUUUAUCGGAUAUUUAUACUCCGCAUUACACUUAAGCAAUAACUGACUAUGUUUAAGUCAAUUAUUUAUUGAAUGUUUUUUAAAUGAACAAGUGAGAAGAAGAAAAAUAUGGAACCGUAGAAACAGAGUUUCCAUUUAUUGAAAAUCGAAUUAAUGAAAACAGUACUGAGAAUAAAUAAAACAAAAAAAAAAAACAAAACGCGGUGUUUGAAUUAACAGAAAUAAAAACAAAAGAAUUAAUAUUGAGGAAUGAAUGAAAAUUAAUAUAUUAAAAAAAUUAAAAAAAAACGAAACUUUAUAUUCUCUAUUUAUUUGUGUAAUUUAUUUAAAUUUAAAAAAGAAAAUAUUAAUUAAAAAAAACUUAACACAACAAAAAUGAGAACCAUAAAUCAAUACAAAACGGAUGAAAAAUAAAUAAAUAAAGGUGGACAUUAUGCCAAUGCCAAAACGAUAACACGACACAUAAUUGCCUUAUUGUUAUUAUUUUCACAAUUUUAAAAUAUUUCUUUAUUGAAAUUUAAAAAAAAAAUGUGUUAGCUAGAUAUUUAGCGAACAGAUCAGAUUUCUAUUACAUUUUUCUGUUGCUGAAAUUGUGUACUGGCAAAUUUUUUAAUUUUCGAUCUUUUUUUUUUGUUGCCCCAAUAAAAGCAAAAUGUAAAUUAACUGACUUUAUUCAAUUGCUUUUUUACAAUGAAAAAUGAAAAACAAUUUCGAAAUUAAUUUCAUUCGAACGACUAUGGCAUCUCUAUGAUGGAACUCUUUAUUGUUCCAGCUUUAUUUGUUCAAGCUGAUGCCAAGAAUAAAAAGCUGAUUUCGAUAAAAGCUUUCAUUUUUACUCGCAAUUUUCAGACACACAGAUAAAAUCGGACGAUUAAACGGUUUUUAGUGUCUUGACAAUGAAAUGAUAUAAAAACGGUUCGCUGCUAGGAAGUUCGGUGAGAUGGACAAUUGUUUGGGAAAAAACAGAAUUUUGUUAUAGAUCCAAAUUGUUAGCACAAUCAUUUCCAUCUACUCGUAACAAUAACCUGAGCCAAGCAUUAUUUGUCUCAGACUUCUUUAUACAUCCACUUCUUCUAUUGACAUUAUAUUUGAAGUUCUUUCAGAUCAUAGUAACGUAAAUAACGUAAAUGAAUGGAGUCCAUCUUUUAGGCAGCUAAGCGAAUGCUCAAUUUUAAAUCGUCGGACGCGGUAUGUGAAAUGGUAAUUUUGAAGGUGACUUUUGAAGGUGACUGUUACUUCAUUAACUUCAACAUUCAUGCUGAUAUAUUAGACUUCGUUAAACAAGGCUUAUUGUUAUCGUUGCUUCUAAUAACAAAUGAUAUAAUCGUUUGCGAGUAGUCAUUUUCUCUGCGUCUGAAAUAAUCCUAAAUUCUCAUAGAAGUAACGUAGAAACAGAGAAUUGUGAGUAAAUCCUAAAAAUAUUCAGAAAAUGAUAGUCUGACCUGAAUCGAAUGAAAUUUAUUUCAAUUCUAUAUUUCCGUCUUGAAAGGUUUUUCAAAAUUUCGCUGCACAAAGAAAAAAAUUAAAAUUGUUUUUAGAUCGCGAAAAAUAUGUCGAAUGAAACUUUAUCAAAAUUAGCAAACCGAAACGUAUGUACUUAUUCCUCCACAUAAUUUGACGUUUUUGUGUAGAAAUAAGUAGAUCCAGUCAUAGGUGGACAUUUACAUCCAAAUAACUUUGUCAUUUUCGGCAUUUUUUUCAACAUUCUUCAUUCGACUCAGAUUGGGAAAAGCAAAAAAAGGAAUAAAAAUUCGAUCACCCUCAGUCAUAAAAAUUUAUUUCCAAUAAACCAAAUUUCCUACGACAAAAUAACACUGCCAAACAAUGGAACAAACGAAACAUUUUUAGUGGAGAAGAUAAAUAAAACUUUUACGUAUCGAUAUACAUAAAAAUGCCACAGUAACAACAUAAAAUUAAAAAAAAAAUUAAUAAAAUCAUGCCAAUUCUGUCACAUCACAGAAUUUUUAACUUAUAUUUUAUAGCUCGGAUUCCCCGUUAAAUUAUAAGGUAUAAUUAUUGAGACAGUUUUUAUUGAAAUUUAAGACGAAAAAUAGCAAUGAAAAUUUCGAUCGUUUUCCUGUUUAAAUUAUUCAACUUUGUAUGGAGUUUUUUUUUAGUCACAUCUCAUACGAUAAAAUUUAGUAUUCGUAAGUUGUUUAUGGAAAAUUAUGUCAUAUUAAUAUAUUAUACGCAUUCUUAAAAAAAA